AUGUCUGAAGAGCCUGUGGAAAACAGUGAGACUUCUCUGCAAGAAGAAUCUUUGGAUCAGCUGGACGAAACCUUAAGCCACGAUGGAGAUCAAGAUGGUGGCAAUGACGUUGGAGAGGAAGGUGGGGAAUCAAUCGAACAAGGUACUAAUUGUUUCUCUUAUAUUUCAAAUUUUAGAUAUAAAACCAACUAGUACACGAGGCCGGAAGCCUAAAAAGAAGAAGGGUCGAGCAAAGAAAGGAGCUCUUGAACUAGGUUCACAAUCUGUUUCCGAGAUAUGCGAACAGACUGGCCUGGUUGAUGUUAAUCUCGAAUAUUCGGAGGAAGAUUUUGUUGAGAUCACAAACGGAAAAGUAAGGAUGCCUUAAGUUUAAUUAUCUUCGUUCUUAGAUCUAUGCACAACGAUUUAGAGGGAAGUUUUUGGAAGCCAAUCCGACAUGGACAGUAACUAAAAUGAAUCCGUUUAUCACAGCAAAGUACAAUCAGUUUAAAGAGAUUGGAAGUUUGAGAACAAGCAAUAAGAAGGAGAAGCCAAAGGAUGAGAAGGUUGCUCCCUUGAAGAUCAGGAUAUCUUCAAGGAAAUCCAGAAAAACCAAUGAGGACGACUGUAAGUUUUUUCACUCCAUCAUGAUUGUUCUUUAGUGGACAGCGACAAAGAGUUCGAACAUCUUCUAAAAGCGCAUGAAAAACAACUGGAUGAAGCGGAGAGAGAAAAAGAAGAACGAAAAGCAGCCCGGAAAGCAGCACAGGCUGCUAAGAAGAAAAAGAAACGACCCGAUGAUAUGGUAGGUUAAUCGUGAAGGACGUUUAUGGGUUUAUUUUAGCCAGAACAAGAUUAUUGUGAAAUUUGUCAACAGGGCGGAGAACUGCUUUUGUGCGACACUUGUCCUCGGGCUUAUCACAUCAUUUGUGUUGAUCCAGAUAUGUCUGAAGCCCCAGUAGGAGAAUGGUCUUGUCCCCACUGUGAGACUGAAGGUGUUCCAAAAAAGGAAAUUGAGGAAAAGAAAGGCAAUAUGGAGUACUGCAGAGCCUGCAAAGAUGGUGGAUACCUUUUGUGUUGCGAUUCUUGUCCCAGUUCCUAUCACGCCUAUUGUAUCGAUCCUCCUUUAACCCAGUUGCCUGAUUCUGAAGAACAUUGGGCAUGUCCAAGAUGUACAGCACCUGAACCAAAGAAUCGUCCUGAGAAGUUUUUAUCUUGGCGAUGGAAAUUGCAUGAAUACCCUGAACCUGUGAUGGAAGAGGAUCUUCUAAAAGAGGAAGAGACGAUGGAGACGAUCGACAAAGAUCGCAGAACCCGUCUGAUGCUACAACCUUUGAAGAAGUUGGAACCGAGAAAGGACAGAGAAUUAUUCGUGAAGUGGAAGUAUAUGAGUUACUGGCAUUGUGAAUGGGUUCCUGAGUAUGUUUUGGAGGUUUACUAUGUGCAGGCUCUUCGGAUGUUUUGGAGAAAGGUGGACCCGGAGAAUCCACCAGAAGUGGAGGAUAUCCCUUCAACUCCCACUGAUAAAGAUCCCAUGUGUUUGGAGUACCGUUUUUAUCGGUAUGGAAUUAAACCAGAAUGGAUGCAAAUUCAUCGGAUUAUCAAUCAUUCUAUGUUUACUAAGAACCAGUUUGAUUACUUAAUUAAAUGGAGAGAAUUGGUUUAUGAACAAGCUACCUGGGAAAGCGAUGAUUGUGCUAUUCCCAAUUUUGACGAAGCCAUUAUGAAGUAUUGGAUGCACCGAGAGAGGAUGAUCAAUGAGCCCAUUCCGAAACAUGUGGCCAAAAGAAUAAACGCGUACAGAGCGGAGAAAGGGCUUCCAAGUUUGGAAGAUGAUAAGAAACAUAAAAAGGAAGAGGCAAAAGCCAGUGUUCAAGACCCUAAAAAGAAAUAUGAAGAACAACCAAGUUAUAUCUCCGAGACUGGCGGCAAGUUACAUCCAUAUCAACUGGAAGGAAUCAAUUGGCUCAGACAUUGUUGGGCACAUGGAACUGAUGCUAUCUUGGCCGAUGAGAUGGGUCUCGGAAAAACGAUUCAGUCAACGACCUUUUUAUAUUCAUUGAUGAAGGAGGGUCAUUCCAAAGGGCCGUUCUUGGUUGCUGCUCCAUUGUCAACAUUAAUCAAUUGGGAAAGAGAAGCUGAAUUCUGGGCUCCCGAUUUCUAUGUUGUAACUUACGUGGGAGACAAAGAAAGUCGUACUGUAAUCCGGUAAGUUAAUAGCUUUAGAAUUUUGACUUUGGUUUAAAUUUUUUAAACGAAAAAAAUAUUAUGAAAAGAAUGUUUGCUGCCAUCUAAUGGUGUAGCCACUUGAGCGAUUUUACAUCUUUUUCGGCCUUUCCGGGCAACAUCGAAGAGAAAUCCCCGAAUCGGGCGUCUCUUUCAACUCGGGGUCUCUUUUGAAGGAAACCAAAAAUUAUUCUAAAAUUUCGUCAACUUUCAUCAAUGACCGUCGAACUUGGAGCACUUCCUCCGUUAGUUUUUUCCUUUUAUUGGACUGCGCUUUGGUUCUUUCGUGUUUCUAAAACCAGGACAAUAACUUUUUAGUGAUACUUUUUGAAAGGUGUUUUAGUGAGACUCCAUCAGUUUCAUGCCGCUCAAGUGAUUAAGAUCCCUUCGUUUUUCAACGCAUACUUAAACCGUGGAAUUAAGUCGGGGCUUCUAAUGCAAACAUAAUGAGUCGUAGGGUUUUACUAGGGAAGUGUGCAAACUGACCCUCCCAUUUUGCGUUCAGAAAUUACAUCUGUUUUGUCCCUUAUCAGAUUUUUUAACUGCUAAAGGAACAAAUCAGCCGCUGAUAAUUUUCUGCAUCUAUGCAUUCUGCAAAAACUGAAGAUAUUUUCUAAUCAAGGGCUUUCCAACGGUAUAAUCACUGAUGGUUGGUGAGGGUCAGUUUAUACACUUACUUGGUUAGAUACGUUUUUUAUUUUAGGGAACAUGAAUUCUCUUUCGUCGAAGGAGCUGUCCGAGGAGGGCCCAAGGCUCAAAGAAUUAAAACUGAACAAGGAAUCAAAUUCCAUGUCCUUCUCACAUCAUAUGAAUUGAUUAAUAUGGACAAAGCAAUCUUAUCCAGUAUCGAAUGGGGCGCAUUGGUAGUCGAUGAAGCGCAUCGUCUUAAGAAUAACCAGUCAUUGUUCUUUAGAACUCUCCGAGAGUUCAAGAUAAACUAUCGUCUUUUAUUAACCGGUACUCCUUUGCAAAACAAUCUUGAAGAAUUGUUCCAUCUUCUCAACUUUUUGAGUCCAGACCGAUUCUUGUAAGUAUUUAUAUUUUUAUUAUUUAAUCGCUUAUUCUCAUGCGUAUUUUUAGUGAUCUGGAAUCGUUUACUCGAGAAUUUGCGGAGAUCUCCAAAGAAGAUCAGAUUCAAAAGUUGCACAGUAUGCUGGGCCCCCACAUGUUGCGAAGAUUGAAGGCUGACGUCUUGACCGGAAUGCCAUCUAAAAGCGAAUUGAUUGUUCGCGUGGAAUUGAGUCCGAUGCAGAAGAAAUAUUACCGAAAUAUUUUGACUAGAAACUUUGAGGCGCUUAGUGUCAAAAGUGGAGGAACACAGGUGUCAUUGGUGAAUAUCAUCAUGGAACUGAAGAAAUGCUGCAAUCAUCCCUAUUUGUUCACAAAGGCCAGCCUGGAAGCUCCAAAGCUCCCAAGCGGUGUUUAUGAGGGAAAUGCUUUGGUGAAAGCGGCUGGAAAGUUCGUCUUACUCCAGAAAAUGCUGCAAAAAUUGAAACAAGAAGGCCAUCGAGUGCUUAUAUUCUCUCAGAUGACAAGGAUGUUGGAUAUUCUGGAAGACUUGUGCGAAGUUGAAGGGUAUAAAUACGAAAGAAUUGAUGGUGGAAUCACCGGACAAUGCCGUCAAGAUGCCAUCGAUCGCUUCAAUGGUAUGCUUUCCAUUCAGUUUAAAGACUUGGAUGUUUAAAAAUGACAGUUUACGUUAUGUACUUUCCAGCUCCCGGGGCACAACAGUUUAUCUUCCUCUUGUCUACCCGUGCCGGAGGUCUUGGAAUCAACUUGGCUACUGCUGAUACUGUUAUUAUCUACGACUCUGACUGGAAUCCCCACAAUGAUAUCCAAGCUUUCUCUCGUGCUCACCGUAUUGGCCAACAGAAUAAAGUGAUGAUUUAUCGAUUUGUGACAAGGAAUUCGGUUGAAGAAAGGAUCACAACAGUCGCAAAGAAGAAGAUGCUGUUGACUCACUUGGUGGUACGUGCUGGAAUUGGGCAGAAGGGACCGUCAAUGUCUAAAACAGAGCUGGAUGACGUCCUCAGGUGGGGAACGGAAGCACUAUUCAAAGACGAUGAGAAUGAGGACAAAGAUAAGAAAGAUGACCACGAGAUUGUUUGGGAUGACGAUGCCGUGGGUGCUCUUCUGGACCGAGGAGGACCAGCAGAUGAGCCAACCGGGGAGAAGAAGGAACAUUGGACCAAUGAAUAUCUCAGUUCCUUCAAGGUGGCACAAUAUGUGACACGAGAAGCCGAUGAGGAGGAGGAAGAAGAUGAUGAUACUGAGGUCAUCAAGGAAGACAUGCAAGAGGCUGAUCCUGAAUUUUGGGAGAAGUUAUUGAGACAUCACUAUGAACAGGAACAGUACACCGAAGCACAGAAACUGGGUAAAGGAAAGAGAGUCCGAAAACAAGUCAAUUAUGCCAACGACCAAAUGCCAUCAGACAGCUGGCAACUUACAGCCGGAGAAGGACAAGAAUUUGAUGACUCAUUCUCGGAAGACGAGAAUCCUUCGGAUGAUGAGAAUCAGGAUGAAGAAUUUGAUGCCGCCAGAGAAGAACGCCGAAGAAAGAAGAGAGAUGAUGGGGAAAAGCUUCCUCCCCUUUUGGCCAGAGUUAAUGGUCAGAUUGAGGUUCUCGGAUUUACGGCAAGACAACGAAGAGGGUUUUUGAAUGCUGUCACCAGGUGGGGAUUACCUCCCCAGGAUGCGUAUCAAGCCCAGUGGCUGGUCAGAGAUAUCAAGGCGAAGUCUGAGAGGGCUUUUAAAGCAUACUCUGCAUUGUUUUUGAGACAUUUGUGUGAGCCUGAAUCUGGUGUAGAUACCUUCAAUGACGGCUGUCCGAGGGAGGGAAUCAACAGAAACCAUGUUCUGAAUAGAAUCGGUUUGAUGUCUCUCAUUAGAAAGAAGGUCCAGGUAAGAGUCAUUGGUUUGGGUUAGUUUUAUUCAUUGCAGGAAUUUGAAAUGGUAAACGGUGAAUGGUCGAUGCCCGAGUUGAAGGAUCAAUUGCCCGAACUCAAGACAGCAGAGUCAGUUGAGAGCUCUAUUCCGAAUUCAGAAACCACUUCGCGGGAUGGGACUCCGAUAGUCAGAGAAGGGAGUGUGAAAGAGGAGGCUAAGGAUGAAGAAGAGAAGAUGGAGAUUGACGAAAAGACAUUACAGAGAUCAGAAGACACGCCGUCUCUAAAUGAUAACGACGAUAAACCAGUCAAACAGAAGUUUAUGUUCAACAUUGCCGAUGGAGGAUACACGGAAUUGCAUACAUUAUGGGCUAAUGAAGAAAAGGCUGCCUUGGCAAACAAUAUACGUGAGAUCUGGCAUAGGCGUCACGACUACUGGUUGUUGGCCGGAAUCGCUAUGUACGUAGUUGUAUUGAUGUCUUUGGAUCCUGUCUUGAAAAAAAUAUCUUGAUGCAUUUUUUAGGCAUGGUUAUACCAGGUACCAGGAUAUCCAAAUAGAUCCCCGCUUUGCCAUUAUUAACAAACCAUUUGAAAAGGAACAAGGAAAGCCAAACUUUGCUGAAAUCAAGAACAAGUUCCUUCAAAGAAGAUACAAACUCUUGGAGCAGGCUUUGAUCUCUGAAGAACAGCUUCGAAGAGCCGCAUAUUUAAAUUUGGGCAAGAAUAUGGGAGAGGAAAACAUCGAUUCGUCUGUCAACUUGGUUAAUCCCGUCCCGGGAGAGAAGGAUAUCAGUGGUCAACUGAACGACCGCUUUUCCGAGAUUGAAUGUCUGACCGAUAGUCAUCACAGUCUGGCUAGGGAAGCCACGUCCGGUCACAAAUGGGCUGCUGCAGUUCUUCACAAGAACCUGAAUAUGGUGGAAGAUCUCCUCAAUGAAAUCAAGGGAGAUCUCACUCGAUUACCAGCAGCAAUGGCCAGACAGAAACCGGUGACGGAGAAAUUGGGUCUGACCGAAAGAUUGAUCUUGAGCAGACUCACAAACAAGGAUUCCAACGCAGUACCAAAAGGGAGCCCUCUUCCCCCACCUGGUCCGUUUGUAACCCCCACACCCCAUUGUGGCUUUACUGAAAUCCAGCCUGUUUUUGUAAAGCCGCCAAACGAUGAGAAUGUAGAGAUUGUAGAGGAUGAGGAGACAUCAGAGAAAGAAGAGAAGAUGGAAGUGGAAGGAAACGAGAAACCAGCAGAUGGUGAGUAAAUACAGUCAAAAAUCACUAAUCUAGUUUUUAGAAGAGGCGCCAGUUAAGAUGGAAUCAGAAUCUCAGGAAACUGUUCCCGAAUCUGCGGCUCAAACAGCGCCUAUUGAAACACCGGCGGAACCUUGA